AUGCCAAAUCCUACUCUGCUAAACGCCGCCGGAUAUGGCUCUUUACUUGUUGCUAUAAAGCAUGCUGCUUCUGGAAGACAAUUCCAGCGACUUCCUCAAUAUCAAGCCUUGCCAAAUAUUGCAUACACAUGUAGCACGGUUGGAUGGUAUCAGGGUAGCGGCUAUUUAAUCCUUACUGGUAUCUCUCUUUUCCAGCUACUGGAACAUGAAAUCUCUUUUCUGACAAGCUCGGCUUUAGCCUUACUUAAUUUUCAAUGGGCUCGGAAUCCAAAAUCUUUGGAAGAUCCACUCAAUCGUGCUAUGGCUGCUCUAGUUGCUAUCAUUGCUUGGGCUAGCUCUGCCUGGUACAUCGGAAGGGGCUUAAAAGCGAGUGGAAUCGUGACGGCGGGUGCUGCUAUAUUCCAGGCCUGGGCGACUCUCCGCUAG